UGGCGCUCGGAAAGCUGUGAGAUGAGAAAACAGGAUGGCUAUUUGAAGAGCUUCUGUCGAUGUAUUAAGGUUGCGUAGGUGCGGAAAAAGAAGUUGGAAAUGGAAUUGCCAAAUCAUGCCAAACAAUUGCUGCUGCAGCUGAACCAACAAAGAGCCAAAGGUUAUCUGUGUGAUGUGAUUAUAGUGGUAGAAAAUGCCCUGUUCAGGGCUCACAAGAACAUCUUGGCUGCCAGCAGUAUCUACUUCAAGUCCCUCAUCCUCCACGACAACUUGAUCAACCUGGACACAGAUAUGGUCAACCCGUCCAUAUUUCGUCAGAUACUAGACUUCAUUUACACUGGCAAGCUUCUGUCCUCAGAUCAGGUCAGUGACCAUAAUUUCAAUGCCCUCCUAACGGCAGCAAGCUACCUCCAACUGCACGACCUGGCUGCUCUCUGCAGGAAGAAGCUUAAGCGCAACGGAAGAUCCCUCCUCAACAAACCUACGACGCCUACCAAUGGAAGAACCUCCCGUAACCAAAGGCUUUCCUCCACACCGGUAACUCCAAACCAAAUUUCAGGGUUAAAAGACAGUGAGAAAGUUAAGAGGCAUGAGGAGCUACUUAAAGACGAGCUGUCCGAGGACGAGAUUUUCAUCGGAAACGCCCACUGUGCAACGUCAGUUAACUCGCUCAGCCCUUCUACCAGUAAGAACGGCAGCAAUGGUACCACUAACAGUAGCGGUGGUGUCCCGGAGCUUGGCUUGGACCUCUCCAAGAAAAGCCCUUCAGGCAGCACUGCCACGGAGGAGGUAAGCCCCAGCAGCAUCCCUCAAGAAUCACCUCAAUCUGCCUCAGAAUCCACAGCCAACAGUGCCUCAUUUGACGAGAACACCGCUAACCCUCAGAGCCUAGUCGGCGGUGAACCCAUGGAGUUGGGCGAGGGAGGGGAUUGCGACGAGAGCCAGCCGCUUCCGGAUGUGGACCAGCAUAAAACCUCCCGGCAGAUGGCGCGGCACAGACGGCAACCCAAGAGCGAGGGUAACAAGGGCGACGACGCGGAGCGAGCCGGCAUGCCCAACGGGGUCGCAAAGAGAUUGAAUGUGGUCGGGGAGAGGAUCUCCGGCGGGGGAAACGUCAACUCGGACAUGUCCUUGCAGUGCAAAGAGGAAGAAGGAGAGGGCGUAGAGAACGGACAGGAACAAAGCGAAGAGAGCGGACAGAGCGAAAGCGAGGGCGGCCGGAGCAGCGCUAACUACGUGUACCGACAGGAAGGCUUCGAGCCCGCCCUCGGCGACAACCUUUACGUCUGCAUUCCUUGCGGCAAGGGCUUCCCUAGCUCGGAGGAGCUCAACGCCCACGUCGAGAGUCACACAGAGGAAGAGCUGUACAUCAAAGAGGAGGAGGAAGAAGAUACUUAUCCAAAGGAAGACGAGGUGGAGGCCGAGGACCUUUCUUCGCAGACGGUCCAGGUGCACAGCGUCGACUCCCGCCGCUUUAGCUGUUCAGUUUGCAACAAGAGUUACAAGGAUCCAGCCACUCUGCGACAGCACGAGAAGACCCACUGGCUAACCCGUCCCUUCCCAUGCAACAUCUGCGGAAAGAUGUUCACCCAGCGCGGCACCAUGACCCGCCACAUGCGCAGUCACCUGGGCCUGAAGCCCUUCGCCUGCGAGGAAUGCGGCAUGCGAUUCACGCGCCAGUAUCGGCUCACGGAGCACAUGCGGGUCCACUCGGGCGAAAAGCCGUAUGAAUGUCAGCUCUGUGGGGGGAAGUUCACCCAGCAGCGCAACCUCAUCAGCCACCUGCGGAUGCACAGCUCCCCAACAUAAGCCAAAGACCUCCAGCAGACCCCACCGCAAAAAUGAUUUCCAGACACGCACACCUUCACUAGGCGGCUAACAA